ACCGGCUUAAGCAUCAGUCUGAAAGAACCCUUCCUACAGCGUGGUUGAGAUAGAGUGAAAAUUGCGAAGCGACCAACAUGUUUACGAUGAUCUGGAUAUCGCAGUAUGCCCUGAGAUUUGCGGAUGCUGAUUUGUGUACAACAAUUUUGUUUGGUCUGAUUUUGAUGUGGAUAGUGGUGACUGUUAGAACUUAUGAAGAAGGAGGUGUAACUGGCCUGUUCCUACAUCUGAUUACUGCUUUUGCCUGUAUGUUCACCUCGACUUCGUUUUGGAAUAAUAAUACCCAGUGCCAAGAUGAGAAAAAAGCUAUGAAUCCCAAAAAGGAAAAGAAAAAGAAAAAAGAAACCCCGCCUCCUGUUUUAGUGGAUGAUAAGAAAAAGAAAAAUAAGAAGAAUAAGAGAUCUCAAAAGAAGAUAGUGUCUAAGGAAAAUAAAGAACCAACAAUUGUGAAAGAAAAAACAAAAAUGUAUCCUAGCUUAGAGCUGUGCCAAAAAUUAAACCGUGAUGCCCGUGAAGUUUAUGAACUUUUAAUGCCAUUCAAAUUGACUAAAUCUCAACUAAAGAUGAACAAUUUUCCCUCUGAGGAUUAUCAUCCUCAGACGCUUGUGGAUGGCAACGACAGAGUAUGUGUUCGAUGCAACGAGCAAUUUGAGAUUUUCAAUGGAGUAUACUUGUGCGCAACUUUCUGCAAGCACCAUCCAAGAAGAGCAACUUUCUCCAGAAGAUCGGAUGUUAAAAUCUACCCAUGCUGCAACAAUCCAGUUGGAUCUGACCCCUGCACUGUUUCGAACCACCACGUAACGCUCCAGCACGGACCUCGGACCAUGACAAAAACAGCUUCAAGGAGACAUAUAAAGAAGGAUCUGCAGUUUCGCAUUUAUGCCCUAGAUUGCGAGAUGAGUUAUACCACCGAGGGCUUGGAGGUCACCCGGAUUGGCGUAGUGGACAUCGACGGCUGCACCGUGUACGAUUCGUAUGUGAAGCCGAAAAAUAAAAUACUCGAUUAUAACACCCUGUACAGUGGAGUCGAGAAGCGGCACUUGGAACACGUGAAGAUCACUAUAGAUGAUGUUAAGGAGAUUUUAAAUGGCUUCAUUCAUGAGGAUACCAUCCUAGUGGGUCACGCCUUGAAUAAUGACUUGGCUGCUCUAGGUUUAAUUCACAACACUGUCGUCGAUACAUCAGUCCUUUACGGCAAUCCCAAUUGCCCCAUGAAGAAAAGGUCACUGAAGGCAUUGGCUUUCGAACACUUGGGUAUGACCAUACAGGAUAAUCCAGCUGGCCACGACUGCAUCGAGGAUGCUAGGGCAUGUCUUCAAUUGGCUCUUCUGAAAGUGCCGCCCUCUCCUAAUUUUAUCGAAUACGAGAAUCCUGCUUCGGCACGACCCCGGCGACAGUCUCUUGCAGAAAGAGAAAACUUCUUUUACGAAAAUGGGAAUCAACAAUCUUCGAUUGGCAGUAGAGAACAGCAACAACCGUUAAUGCAAUUGCAAAAUUUAUACAGUUACAGAAAUCUUGCAGCAAGGGCGCCAAAUGUUUUGUGUAAUAUUUAUGAGUCUGACAUUUUCCGUUUCGACCCCAGCAUGGGUUGUUACAGAAAUUAUCAAAUCCAAGCCGAGAACUCAUUUACUCUGUAAAAAAACUGAGUCAUUCAACCUUGUGAAUAUCAUAGCUUCAUCGGAAGUUCACGAAUUACAUUGUAUAUACACUUUUCAUUUUUCUUUUUGUAAUAAAUUGAUUCUUAUGUUUUAAAAAUCCUA